CUCCGGCGCGGGGGCGGCCGCUGUGCCCUCGCCCCCUCGUCAGAGCCCGGCUUGCCGGUCCCUGUCCUUGCCUCACCAGAGGUGUCCUUGACGGGACUGGGAGGGGGAAUACAAGCCGGUUGUUGAAAACAAGCAGCUCAGGGUUAUUUCACCUGCUCUGCACACUUUGCUGUUUCCGUCCUUCCCCCAGCAUAAGCCCACACUAGCUGGAAGAAAGGUGGAAAAUGAGCCCGGGCAGUACAGUCUGUGAAUGAGAUUUAACAACUGAGGAUCCCAGCACACAGCAGGAGAAAGGUAUUACCCUGUGCUGAUUGAAGGGUCCCCAAACUGCGCAGAUAUGUUAAGACCUUCUGACUACCGAAACUGGACACCAGCUCAGUGCAUGUUCUCCUGAGGUAAAAGCUUGUUGGGACACCUACCUUCCUAUGGCCACACCCUGCAGGACUUCGUGACCUUGCAAUGAUGGACCUACAAUUCCGUGAUUCAUUGAGAGGAGUCAUGUCAUGCCAAGACGUGAACCAUCUGAUGCGGAGAGUUGAUUUAGAGCAUUCUGUGAACCCACUUCUGAACCCAAAACAAGGCCCCAGCUACAGAUGUCCUAUUUGCAUGAGGAGGAUACCAUAAAGAGGCAUAGUCACAGAUAAAUUCAAACCAAGAUAGCGUAUAGAACUUUACUGGCUGAAGCGGACAAGCUCCUCCACACUGCACCUUUGAGAUCCAAGCCAUCUCCAAGCUGAGCGCUGCAUCGCUGAGGUUGAUGCCUUGCUGUGUUGAGUUAGUAAGUCCUGCUGAGAGGCACCAAACACUGCUGCAGCAACAACCCUGAGUGAGCACAUCUUCCUGCAGCCCUUCAAAGAGUUCAGCAAUGAGCAACAUGAGUUUUCUUAUUAAGGAGACUGGAUGCAAAGACAAGAGACAUCCACACUCCCUCAGAACUCCAAGCACAGUUGUUCUCCAUUCCCUGGGGCACUGAAGCAAAGUAUUUUUGUGCUGCCAUGACACAGAAUAAGGUGUUAAUCAGCCUGUUGGCAACUGUGAUAAAGAAGCCCUCACUUGGUCUGUUUCUUCACCUGCAAAGCACAUAUGUUACUGGCAAGGCAAAUGCUGUUCAUUGGAAGCGUACUUGACAAUCGCCCAGUUUUACUUCCCAUGCUGUUACAUUUGAGACUUGGCCUCCUGAGCGCCAGUGGAGCACUGCUACCUCGCCAGCUCAUCGUUCCCGAUUGCAUAAGUGAUGGCAAACCACUCGCCUGCUGCUGGCUUGGAGGCAAAGAUAUAUCGACAUAAUUGCAGAUGCAUCUGGUGGUGAGCAACCGAUUCCUAUUUUCUGUCUACAUAAGGCUUGCAAAUGGCAUGUUUUAUAGUAUGAUGCAAGGAACCAUCAUGAAUAUUGUCCUGGGUAUCAAAAUUAAUCAGCUUUGAAAUUCAACUGCCGGUAUUUUACCUUGAGGCUCAGAAGAGUCUGGAGACUCAGGACUUAAGAGAUUCUUCGAAUGUUUUCUGCAGUGUGCUCUGGAGCUGUAGUGUAAGCCCUGUGUAUUGAAAGAUGGUGCUUAAGCCUUGCAUUAUUUCAACCCAACCUACAAACCUUAUGAAAAACUAACUCAGGAACACGUGGGAGAAAGAUCAAUGCUACUUUGUCCUAGAUGGCUUUCAGGACACCGGGAUCCGCGGAGCUGCCAGCCGGUGUGGCCGUUUGUGCGUUGUGAUUUCUUGCUCACGCAGCCCGGCUCGAUGUGAGCGUGGAGGCUCGCUGGGUGGCCGCCUUCCAGAUCUUCCGUAGGAGCCACACUGCCUGGUGUCGGAAGCUUUGUGCCCCUGAGGUUUCCUUCCCGUUCUCCAGGAGUCAAGGGAGCUCUGUCUCUGACAAUGAUGAAAACCGAGGGCAAAGGGGAAAGGACUUUAAGAAGUGCUUCUCCACACCGCAAUGCCUAUAAAUCUGACUUCCAUGCUAUCAAAUGCUCUUUUGAUGGAGUAAACAAUCCUGAAAACACUUCCAACAAAACAGGCUUGCAACAGAAGCUGAGCGCCUCUUCCAAUGGCGGGGGAAAUGACCCACACAGUAGAGGGAGGGCUGCCACUUACGGCAAUAGGGUUCACAAGAUCAAAAAUAUGUUUCUGCAAAUGGGAGGCUCUGCUUCCACACCCUCUUGUGAAAGCAGUCCACCUGCUGAGACCAAAUUAAUCAGCCGGACCACAGCAGCUGAAUAUGGACCUUCUCCAGGUAGCCCAUCUUUCCUCACUGUCCAAAAAAAUAAUCUCCACAAUACAAGUACCAGCCCCAACAGCAGUCCUGUGGAUUCGUUGUCUGUGCCUUCUACUGCCGACAAGGUCACCCGUAGCAAUGACGAGGCAGACCUGGACAAAGUUGCCCUGGCAGAAAAGUUUUCGGAGACGAGGAAGCUAUUUGAGAGAAAUAUAAAACAGCGAAGCUCAGUGGACAGAUAUUCUCCCAGCAAAUGUGAAAAAAAUGAAGAUAAGAGGAGACAUGGCUCUGCUUCUGAUUGCAGCAGCGUGGGGGACCACUUCAGUUUUAAUACUGAAGUCAGUCCUCCAGCUGCGCUGGAGAAAGUUGAAAAUCAAGGUAAUGAGUUGAGGCAGCAACAUACCAAUAAUGCUUCCAAAUCCUCCUUCCUGAAUGCAGGACCCAUUUCCAGGAGGCUUGAAAGCUUCCUGGGUGACAGUGAUACUGAAGAAUCCAAAGAAAUUUCCAAAAAUGAUAGUCCGAAUCAGGACCAUUUGAGAGAACCCUGUGGUUUGGAUUCAUCUGCUGCUGUUGAAAAAUGUCCAGAGAAGACUGCGUCCACCAAAGUGCCUGUGACCAUCAGAGAUGAGCUGAGUGAGGUACUUGAAAAAGAUAAGAAAGAGCAACUGGUGCUUGAGAGAAGCCUGCAGGAUAUGAGCAGCGUACCUGGUCAGGAGGCAAAGUGGAGAACAGAGACUGUUUUCUCAUGGGUUUCCCCCAUAGAGGGGACUUGUGUGGAGCUGGCUGUGCAAGAUGAAACCUCAGGGCAUGAGAAAGAAGGUUUGGAGAAAGAUCAUGUUCAUGAGGAUCAGCUGCUCAAAUACCAAGCACAGGAAGGGAAAAGGAGUGACUAUUCUGUGGAGGUAGUAGAAGAGUUUGCAGAAAACAGUGAGACCAAUCAGGAAGAAGUGAGAGAUGGGAUGUCUGGGAAGGAUGGUUCAGUUACACAAGGUCAGGGUGUUCUAGAGCGGGAAGGGGAUCCUGAAGAAGAUGAGGAACACGCAGUAGAAAAGCAGAGGGAGAACUUCAGCGCUUUUGGAAUAGAGAAUGCAGCUUUUGAUGAUGAUAGGGGCACAGAGCCAGAAAACCAAGGGCCUGAAGGCAAAGAAAUUUUGGAGGGAGAGGAGGAGUAUAUGUACGACAGUGAAUAUGAGGAAUUUCCUGGACUUUCUGAAGAGGAAGAUCCUGAGCCAGACCGAAAAGUCAAGUUCUCAACAGCUCCUAUCAAGGUUUUCAGUACUUACUCAAAUGAAGAUUAUGAUAGACGUAACGAAGAAGUUGACCCUGUAGCAGCCUCAGCUGAGUACGAACUUGAGAAAAGAGUGGAAAAAAUGGAAGUGUUUCCUGUGGAAAUCGAAAAAGGUGACAGCGGUCUGGGUAUCAGUAUUAUUGGAAUGGGAGUUGGUGCUGAUCAGGGACUAGAAAAACUGGGCAUUUUUGUAAAAACAAUAACAGACGGUGGAGCUGCUCAGAGAGAUGGACGAAUUCAAGUAAAUGAUCAGAUUGUUGAGGUUGAUGGCAUAAGUCUAGUUGGAGUUACUCAGUUCUUUGCAGCUACUGUACUAAAAAACACCAAAGGCACAGUGAGGUUUCUGAUUGGCAGAGAAAAGCCAGGGACUCAGAGUGAAGUAGCCCGCCUCAUUAGUGAGACUUUAGAGCAGGAGAGAUGUCUGUAUGAGCAGCACUAUGUUCAUGAUGAUACAGAGCAGGAUGAUGACUAUGAUGACGAUGACGAUACAUAUGAAUCACAUUUACAUGAAAAAUCUGUAGAAGUUUUUGAUCUUCCUGAAAAUGAAGAUAUCAGUUUACCGCUGGAUAUGGAUUCAGCACAGUCUCUUCUUAAAUUUAAAGAGCUACAACUAAAACAUGCAGUAACAGUAGCUGAAGUGAACCAAUUGAAGGAGAAGUUAAAAAUUGUUGAAGCAGAAAAAGCUGAAUGGAAAUUAAAUCGAACCCAACUUCAGCAAAACCUAGAGGAAAACAAAGAGAAAAUUAAAAAGUUAGAGACUUACUGGUUGGAAGCUCAGAGUUUAUGCAAAACGGUGAAUGAGCAUCUUAAAGAAACUCAAGAACAAUAUGAUGCCCUUGAAAAGAAAUAUAACAAGGCCAAGAAAUUGCUCAAAGAUUACCAACAAAAAGAAAUGGAAUUUAUGAAGAAAGAGGAGGAUCAUUCAAGGGUACUUGAAGAGAGAGAUCAGAAGUAUGCAGAACAGCUGAAAAUACAUCAGGAAAAGAUUACAGAGCUUGAAAAUAAACUAAAAGUAUAUGAAAGAAUGCCAUAUAUGUUUGGAGGUGGCAGUUUAUUGGAAGAUGUCUGUCAAAAUGCAGGCCAGUAUAAUGAGCAGUCAAAGAUAAGAGAAGAAAAUGAAAAAGAAACAGAAUCAGUAGAGGAAAGACUAAAUUCUUCAGAGAUGUUAAUUUCUGAUUUUGAUGCUUUUGUUGGGGAUACUCCCAGGUUAGACACCAGUGCCCACAAAGCAAAAGCUCAGCUUGCUUUGAAAGUAAAACGCCAGCCACCUUCUCGAUCAAAGCUGAAAGAAUCUCUUGGUGCUGGACAACAGGCUGCAAAUCUACAGGAUGAGGAUUCAGAAGAUCCUAUUCUCAACAGAGAAGCUUCUGCUGCAUACAUAACACAGACCUUAGAAAUAAGUGAAAAAUUAACUCUGCCCCACUUGGAUGACAUAAAUCGAAAAAGUGAAAAGCCUGAACAAAGAGAAAGCACAGAAAGUCCAUUAGAGUCAAGCCCUUCUGCUUCCACACACUCUUCUCCAGUACACAAACCAAACAACGAAAACAGCACAACCACCACUCAUUCACCUCCUCCUGAAGAGAUGGCUCCAAAUUCUCCGCAAGGGUAUACCAAGAAUAUUAAGCAAAGAGAAGCAAAAGGGAAAGGAAAAGAGACCAGGGAAGAAAAGAAAAAUGAAGACAAAACAGAAGCAAAUGAAGGAACAUCAUCAGGGAAGUCCAAGAGGCGAUUUCCAGAUUUUGGUGGAUUGCGGAAAUCUGGGGGCAAGGGCAAGAAACAAGAAAAAGAAAAUCUAAGAGGUUCGCUGGAUAGCAGAGGUUCUCGAGAACUGUUGGAUGACUCUGGCAACAAUCUAUCCGCAUCAGAUUCAGAUUCUCCUGUUCCUACUUGUAUGCCUUUCUCGUGGUUUGGAGACAGUCACAAGGAGCCUCAGAUUUCUAGUAGUAGUCUGCACUUUCCUCAGAGUGGACAGGACAGUUGCGAACAUGGUCAAGAGAAGAACAGAAGCAAGGCAUUAGAUGAUGAAUUUACAACAACAGGAAAACAAAAUCAAUGGCACAAUAGACCUAUUUCUGAAUGGACCACCCAGCAAGUAUGCCACUGGCUAAUGGGAAUGAACAUGGAGCAGUAUAUUACGGAGUUCACAGCUAUGAACAUAGAUGGCCAGCAGUUAAUGCAACUCGACAGUGAGAAGUUAAAGGCUCUGGGAGUUUCCAGUCAAAAUGACCGAUCAACAAUAAAGAAAAAAAUUAAGGAUAUUAGAAAAGCACAAGAAAAACUGGAAAAACAAAAGGAAAAAUUUCAAAAGAAGGAGAGAGAAGUUCGCAAGACUGGUAGAGUGGUAACCACUCUUGAAUCAAGCUGCUAAGGUGACCCUGCUUUGUUUUAGUUCAAAUUGCUUCACCUUGAAGUUCUGCAGAUUUGUAUAUAAUUGUACAAUUGAGGGAGGAGGGAAAGUGCAACAGUUUAACAUGGUAGGGUUUUUUUACUUUUUAAUAAUAGUCCCUCCCCAUUACAACGCAAUAAAAUGAAAUGUUUUCAGUAUUUUUAUUCCUAGUUGACUCUGCCUGUACUAAUACUAAUUUAACUUCCUGCCUUAAUAUUUGUGCUUCUAAGACCUCAUGUGCCCUUUUCGUUGAAAUUUCUACAUGUUUGUGAAAAGUAGAAUACUGUGUUUAAAAUCAUUCCAAUAUUAGUCAACUAGAAUUUCGUAGAGUUGAAUCUGAUAGAGGGACAAUAGAAAAAUCCUGCCAACAAAUUCAGUCUGUGACAGUCUGUUUAUCUGUUGCCACUAAAGAUGUAUAGUAAAAAUUGUUUAAGAAAACAGUAAUGUCAAAUUAAUUUAAAAAGAAAGCAUGUAUUUCAAAUUUAUGAAGUAUUUUCUUUAAAUUCUUGUAUUUUUGGCAUGAUCUGUUUCAUGCGAAGUCCACUGUAGUACCACUUUGUUUUUGAAUUCCAUGUGUUGCAAUUUAGUGAGAAAAUAACAAGAAAUAUUAAGUAGUUUCACAAACUACAUAUCCUAAUCAUAGUAUUCAGUUUUCCACACACUACCCUUAUGGUGUUGGGACAAGGUUUAAACCUAUAAAUAAGAUCUUUUUUAACCUAUUUUUUCCUAAAUAAUACAUAGUUUUAUAGAUUUAUGCUACAAGUAAGAUCAAUUUGCAAUACAUGUAUUUCUCUUUUCUACUUGCUACAAGAUUUUUGCGGACCAAAUUUAUAUAUUUGCUAAUUUUAAAAUACGCUGUUUUUCAAACUUAAAAUACUGAGGGAAGAAUUGUAGGAAAAACUACCACCGAAGCACUGGGUUUCUGCAUUGUAUUUAAAUAUGUUCAAUUGUAGACUACAAAUUGUUUCUUUUUAAAGGAGGAUUUGAUAUGCCAUAUAGUUUAGAACAUGAAUUGGUGUUUUGUAUAUUUACCUACUCUUUGAUAGAUAUUACAACAGCACUUCUUUAUUUAGAUUAUUCCAGAAACAAACUAAGUAUCAGUUCCACCAUAAAAUGGACUAGAACAAAACUUACAUCAUUUGUGUAUGUGGACCAAGUUCUCCUUUAAAUCUAUGGACUGUUUUUCAUUUUAAUUAAAUGAAUGGACUUCACUA